AUGAUGUCAUCAAGUGAGCAAAGAAGGGAAGCAGGAGGAGAGGGAGAAGGAUCAUCAUCAACAACUGCAAUUACUCUAGCACAAUCCGAUGACCACCACCAUCAUCAUCAGCUAUCACCACCUCCUCAGCUGAGCCGUUACGAGUCUCAGAAACGUCGUGAUUGGAAUACUUUUGGUCAAUACUUGAAGAAUCACAAACCCCCGGUUCCUUUACCUCAGUGUAACUACAACCACGUGUUAGAUUUUCUUCGAUACCUAGAUCAAUUCGGAAAAACUAAGGUACAUUUAAAUGGAUGUGUAUUUUUUGGACAAGUUGAACAAGUUGGACCAUGUACAUGUCCACUUAAACAAGCGUGGGGAAGUUUAGAUGCACUAAUUGGAAGGCUUAGAGCUGCUUAUGAGGAAAAUGGAGGAUUACAAGAGACUAAUCCAUUUGCUAAUAGUGCUAUAAGAAUUCAUCUACGUGAGGCAAGGGCAGAUGUAGACUUAAAGCUACGGAUUCAGGUCAACUCAGUAGUUUUUGCCUGA